UGCAGGAUCCGCUGUGGCCGUCGCUCCUCAACGAGAAUGGAUCAUGAGGCGCCAAGAAAACACUGUCAUCUGGCUUUGCGCUUCAAAAACACGGACGUGUAAGGAACCUUUUUCUUUAUUAUCAUUAUUAUUAUUAAUAACAUCAUUAUUAUUAUUGUUUCAUACCCGCGUUUGUUAAUGAGCUGCUCUGCUGUGGAGGAGCUGCUGCUGCUGCAGCUGCGCUUUCCCUUGCGAUGAUAAAGCUUGAAUAUGAUGAUGGACACACGAUUGAUUUCAGGAGGUGGCAGUAAUGACGGAAGCAGCAGACACUGGGAUCAUCGUGUCCUCCUGCCACACAGAGGAAUACCGUUGAACUGGACGACCGUGGGAUUCUUAUAAAUCGUAUAGGAAUACAAUGAACACCACUGUUAUGCCCUCAGACCUGGUGGACGUGCCAAGACAUCAGACCUUCAAUGGCACCCUGGGCACCCAGACCUCAUCCGGUUGGGCCGCGAUCCACACCGCUACACUGACCUUUUGCUCUCUGCUCCUCAUCUUCAUCUUCUGCCUGGGCUCUUACGGAAAUCUUGUGGUGUUCCUGUCCUUCUUUGACCCGGCGUUCCGCAAGUUUCGCACCAACUUUGACUUCAUGAUCCUCAACCUGUCCUUCUGUGACCUGUUCAUUUGCUGCGUGACUGCUCCCAUGUUCGCGCUUGUGCUCUUCCUGGAUGCAGGCGGAGGGGACGGCGUGUCCAAGAGUUUCUGCUUUGCCUUCCACCUGACCAGCUCAGGGUUCAUCAUCAUGUCUCUGGAGACGGUAGCUGUCAUUGCGUUGCACAGACUGCGAAUGGUUUUGGGGCAGCAGCCCAACCGCACCGCUUCCUUCCCACGCACGCUGGUCCUCACUGCGCUGUUGUGGACGUCGAGCUUCACCAUGGCUGCCCUGCUCACCAUGCGAGCAUAUCCACGUCGAGAUGGGCCUUGCUUGCCCCAUUUUGGCCUGGGAGGUGGACAGGCCAGGGUUGUAUUAUAUGUCUACUUGGCGGACUUUGCCUUCUGUGUAGCUGUGGUGUCUGUGUCCUAUCUGAUGAUUGCUCAAACACUGAGAAAGAAUGCACAGGUGAGGAAGUGUCCCAUCAUCACAGUAGAUGCCACAUGCCCUCCACCCCCACCACCUCUCAUUGCAGCAGGCUUUGAAAGCAUGCAGUGUUCUGUGCAAGGCCCCCCUCUGUACCGUAACCAAACAUACAACAAACUGCAGAAUGUUCAGACACACCCGUACGCCAACAGGACCGGUCUCCCUUUGGUUCCAGGUGCUGCCCAAGGAGCCACCUGCUGCCAGUUGGUGUCUACAGUCAACUUGGCCACAGCCAAAGACUCUAAGGCGGUUUUCACCUGUGUUGUUAUCGUGUUCUCUGUGCUGCUCUGCUGCUUGCCAAUGGGAGUCUCACUGGCACAGGACGUUUUGACACCAGAAAGUACCUUCACACAUUAUCAGUUUGAACUGUGCGGCUUUGUGCUCAUUUUCCUCAAGUCGGGCAUCAACCCGUUUGUGUACUCGCGCAACAGCGCAGGCCUCCGCCGCCGUGUGCUGUGCUGCUUCCAGUGGGCGGCGGUGGGCUUUCUCUGUUGCAAGCAAAAGACUCGUCUGCAUGCGAUGGGCAAGGGCAGCCUGGAAGUCAAUCGCAAUAAAUCCUCCCAUCAUGAGACCAAUUCGGCCUAUGUACUGUCACCCAAACCCCAGAGGAGGCUGGUGGACCAGGCCUGUGGGCCUAGUCACUCCAGGGAUUGUGUCGGUAGUCCAAGAGCAACAGGUGUGCGCAAACCUCGACCGCCGAGUACCUCCACACCUAUCAACACACGCAUUGAGCCCUACUACAGCAUCUACAACAGCAGUCCCUCGGCGGGGCCCAGCUCCCCCACCAGCCUGCAGCCUGUCAGCUCUCAGACAUUUGCCUUUGCCAAGUCAUAUGUAGCCAUGCACUACCACACUCACCAAGACACACUACAAGACUUUGAGAGCACGUCAGUACACCAGAUUCCCAUUCCCUCGGUCUAAUCAAAGAGCUGCCAAAACACAAAGCUUUGAACAAUUCCAAAAUGGGAAUUGAAACAGGAACAAGGACAUUGUGUGUGUGUUAUGUAGUUGGAAUCCGUAUCACUCUCUUGUUCUCUUUCACAGUGGACAUAAUACAAUACAAGUCAAGUUUUCUUGAACGAAACAAUUUACAGAACCAGUCAUAAGCUUUUCCAUGGAAACUAAAAACAUGCAAGAGGUUUGUAAUUGAAGUGUCUGUUUGAAAAAGUUCUUCUCUGUUACCGAUUUCUUUCUUUUUACAAAAUACUGAACUUUCACAUGAAUCUGCCUCUCUGUUGCACACGCAUGUGCCAUUAUAACCUGAGACUGUAGAUUUUCAUUGCAGCAAAGCGACUGCAGUUGCUGCUUUCACCGCCGCCAACUCUGAGGGGCUGACGCUGCUGAGUGAUUACUGACAUCAGCUGCUGUGGUGUUGAGCCGCACAUGGAUGUUGAUGGUAUGUUGGUUGCACUUUGAAGGACUUUUUGUUGCUUCUGAAAAAAAAUGUAUACGUUGACCCCAUAUACACUUUUUGAAAAGAAUAAAUGUUUGGCAAGUGUAAUGGA